AUGGCUCUGGCGGUGACCCCCUGGCAGGAGGAGCUUCCCGGGGGCCCCCCGGGGGGCCCUCCCCCCCCGGGCCCGGGCCCGGGCCCGGCCCCGGCCCCGGCCGCGGCGGCGCAGGAGCCCGGCGGGGGCGGCGGCAAGGGGGCCCCGGCCGCCGUGGACUGCCUGGUGUGCGGAGACAAGGCCAGCGGCAAGCACUACGGCCAGUUCACCUGCGAGGGCUGCAAGAGCUUCUUCAAGCGCUCGGUCCGCCGCAACCUCAGCUACACGUGCCGCGCCGGCCGCCAGUGCCCCGUCGACCAGCACCACCGCAACCAGUGCCAGCACUGCCGCCUCACCAAGUGCCUCAAGGUCGGCAUGCGCCGCGAAGCCGUGCAGCGAGGACGCAUGGCGCACGCCCAACCCAGCCCGGGCCAGUACCCCUUGGCCAACGGGGACACCUACGGCUGCCACUCCUACCUGACGGGCUUCAUCUCGCUGCUGCUGCGGGCAGAGCCCUACCCGACCUCGCGCUACGGCGCCCAGUGCCUGCAGCCCAGCAAUAUCAUGGGCAUCGAGAACAUCUGCGAGCUGGCGGCCCGCCUGCUCUUCAGCGCCAUCGAGUGGGCCAAGGGCAUCCCCUUCUUCCCCGACCUGCAGCUGGCCGACCAGGUCUGCCUGCUGCGCAUGACCUGGAGCGAGCUCUUCGUGCUCAACGCGGCCCAGUGCUGCAUGCCGCUGCACGUGGCCCCGCUCCUGGCCGCCGCCGGCCUGCACGCCUCGCCCAUGUCCGCCGACCGGGUGGUGGCCUUCAUGGACCACAUCCGCGUCUUCCAGGAGCAGGUGGAGAAGCUGAAGGUGCUGCACGUGGACUCGGCCGAGUACACCUGCCUGAAAGCCAUCGCACUCUUCACGCCGGACGCCGUGGGGCUCACAGACCUGUGCCACGUGGAGAACGUCCAGGAGAAGUCUCAGUGUGCCUUGGAGGAGUACGUCCGGAACCAGUACCCCAGCCAGCCCAGCCGCUUCGGGCGCCUGCUCUUGCGCCUGCCCUCGCUGCGCAUCGUCUCGGCCCCCGUGAUCGAGCAGCUGUUCUUCGUCCGCCUGGUGGGCAAGACCCCCAUCGAGACCCUCAUCCGGGACAUGCUGCUCUCCGGCUCCAACGUCAACUGGCCUUACGUCCCCAUGCAGUGA